AUGCGCUUCGCAGCCCUCUCGCUGCUCUCCCUCGCCGCCCUCGUGGCCGCGCAAAACCAAACCGUCACCGUGCAAGUCGGCGGCGACGCCGACUCCCCCGGGGGAUUCUUCCAGUUCAACCCGAACACCAUCACCGCCAGCGAGGGCUCCGUCAUCACCUUUGAGUUCUCCGGAAACCCCGGGAACCACUCGAUCACGCAGAGCUCAUUCGCUAACCCGUGCCAGCCAUUGAGUGGUGGAUUCGACUCGGGCUGGGUGUUCAUCCCGCAGGGCCAGACCGACGACUUCCCGACUUGGAACCUCACCAUCACGAACGGCUCGACGCCGUUGUGGUUCUUCUGCAAACAGCUCGCCCCCCAGCCGCACUGCAAAUCCGGCAUGGUCGGCGCCAUCAAUGCCCCCACCAGCGGCAACACCUUCUCUGCCUUCCAGCAAGCGGCAGCCUCCUCCUCGGGCAACCCUGGCGUAAGCCCUUAA